GACUACUAAAUUGCGUUUUUUCUAUAAUGGCAAGUAUCUGUGUUUGAGAGGAGGCAAUGAACAUCGCCUCCUUCGUUUUUCUCAAUUUACUCGUGAAACUGCAACAGCUGAUGGCAAAGAAAGAGCAUGUUACAUAUACACAGAACAAGGGUCAAAAAAUCACGGUGGAGGAAUGGGUCAAUUGCAUCUUGAUAACAAAGUUGUGCGUCACUUUGAGGUUCCGGAGGCAGGCUCUCGAGAUUAUGUUCAUAUACUUGACCAGUACUUUGAGAAAGUUCCUAGAGAAGCUAUAGAAAAAGAUAACUUCUAUGUACGCCCAUUAUCAAGUAUAGUUGAAGGAAAGCCCUGGUUUACUUCUGUUCCAAUUGGAAAGAAUAAGUUAUCUUCAAUGGUUAAGGAUAUGUGUGCUGCUGGGAGUAUUGAGGGCAAUAAAACAAACCAUAGUCUUCGAUCAUUUGGUGUAACGACAAUGUUUAAGAAAAGCGUACCUGAGAAAUUGAUUCAGGAGAGGUCUGGCCAUUGA